CACCUUCACCACCGCACCCGCCCUACGCAUAGACAGCCUCCCCGCUCCUGCCGCGCCUCCACACAGUCCUGCUCCGCUGCUCUGACGGGGAACCAUCAGCCGGCCGUCCACAGUAACCGCGUUCCCCUCGAGUCUCGGUGGGGCGAAAGAGCUGUCAAAGACGCACCCCCGGCUGGACUCGCCUUCGCAACGUCGCUCGACCCCAACACACAAGCAUACAAGUAGAAAGCCUACUGACGCUCGUUUCCUCACCAGAGAACCCCCGUGUACAUGUAGUAUGCCGCCGUCCGCGAGUAGGAGAGUCGGGCUGCGCUCCCGCCGGGAGCCAGACCUCCAGCCGCAGUCAGACGCAGACACGCCAGAGUCGAUAUCGACGCCCUCGCGCAAGCGCAGGCGGUUGAACGGCGCCGACCAGGUCCCCAUCGCCGACGCCCCGCGAGCCCGCAUCACGGAAUCGGUCGCGAGCAACGACUCGAAUGCGACGCUGCCGAACGGCGCAGACGCUGAAGUGCCCUCAGACCCCGUCGAGCGCCAGAACCACAUCAUCGCCCACCUGCGCACCCCGCCGAACUACGUCCCCAACGCCGCCAUCGACUACGCCAACGACCUGCAGGCCCGCAAGAUCCACGGCAACAACGUCGCAGCUUUCGCCAAGAUCGCCGCCCGCGACUGGUGCUUCUUCGUCCAGAAGACCCGCCUGCUCAUCGGCCGCGCCGAUUCCGCUGUCCGCCCGAACCCGCCCGUGAGCUCGCAGCACGAGGUGUCUGGACUGCCGGAUAGCGAGGACCCCGCCAACGAGUGGGGAGUGGAUAUCGACCUGGGCCCCGAGCGCCAGGUCUCCCGCGUGCACGCCGAGAUUGAGUACGACGGCCUCGAGCGGACGUGGUUCAUCAUUGUGAACAGCCGCAACGGCCUGAAGCUGGACGACAUCAACUUGCACAAGGGCCAGCGUGCGGCGCUUCAUUCUGGCAUCUGCAUCGGUAUUAUGGGCACGCAGAUGCUUUUCUUGUUGGCCGGAAAUGACGAUGUGUUCCAUCCUAUGCUGUGGCGCCAGGUGAACAACGACCGAGAGGCUAACGAGUCUGACAACGACGGAAAUCCGCCCUCUCGGUCCCUGCCACACGCGCACCCCAGCGGACCUACACCAAAGCGUGAGCAAUAUGACCCGUUCCCGCCCACUUCUUCCCGCAAUAAGCAGGCAUCCCAAGGCUAUGGCAACCAAUUGACAUCUACCCCAGGCCGCCCGCACGCGGGCACCCCGAUAGCAUUCCGCUCCGCAGAGAAGGAUCCCCGCAGCAAGGGCUCGCCCUCUGCGUACCCGCGGGGCAUGAUGCUGGAUACCACCGAGGAUAUCGACUACAGCCAGGACUCCGCCAAGGAUAUCAAGCCGCCGCAUAGCUAUGCUCAGCUGAUUGGUCAAGCCAUCCUGAGCAGCCCGGAGGAGAUGCUCACACUGGCCAACAUCUACGAGUACAUCAAGAACCGGUAUGCAUUCUUCCGGCAUACCAGCGGCGGCUGGCAGAAUUCGAUACGCCACAACCUGUCGCUGAACAAGUGCUUCGAGAAGGUCGCCCGCCGUACCGAUGAGCCUGGAAAGGGCAUGAAGUGGAAAAUUACGGAUUCUGAGCGCGAAGACUUUGUCAAGAAACAACUGCUCAGGCCCACCAAAGGCGGCGGGGCGAUGCGCAUGGACACUUCGGACCCCAGCUCACCGGCGCUGAGAACCUACCGGGAUCCGCGAGACGCUCGAGAGCAACCGUUGCAGGCCACCGAGCGGCUCCAGGGCGCUCUUGACCAGCCUGACAUCUUCCGGAAGCAGACCGCUAGCGCCCGCGUCAAGUCUCCUCCCCGUUCUGCUACGCCGCCUCUGUCUUCCGUCCCGAUGGCGAACGAGUCGUAUACCCCAGAUCGUGGUCCCCGCAGCCAAGGUCAGAUGGCAGGCUUAAAGCACUCACCGACCCACCGCGAGCAGGACCGCUUUGUGACGCCUGCGAAACGUCUGUUCUACCAUGAGCAAGAGGAGGCACGCAUCCCGGCUUUUGUCGCCAACGAGGAUGCUCAUCGCGGUAUGGAGUCUUCGCCAGGCGUGGACCCUGUCAAACCGAACGUGUCCGGUCUGCGAGGCGACGCUGCUAAUUCACCGCCGACUUUGUACUCGGACGCCGCCGGCAAUAACACCAACGGCGCACACGAUGCCGGUCGUAUCAACGCUUUGGUCACCCCGCUCGUUUCCCGCCAUGCCCCCCAUCUUGCCCCCCCGAGCACUGCACAGGUUCCCAGCCAGUACAUGAAUUUCUCCAGCCCGGCUCCGUUCUGGAAGUACAUCGAUCUUCCGAGCACGCCCGCCAAGGCUCCGCCCGAGCUUAGCCCGAUCAAGAUGAAGCGCGAUGAGGAUGACAAGGACCGCGAGGAUGAGCCAGCUCAGCCUAGCUCGCCUCCGAUCAUUGCGGAUGAAGUGCAUAGCGAGGAACCAGAGGACAAGGACAAGGACAAGGACGAGGACGAGGAAGACAAGAUGGACGACGAUGAGGACGACCUCGGACCCGAGAGCCCGAGCCGCACUGUGUCACGCCCGGUUAGCCGUCGCGAGCUCGGCGGCUCGCAGCGCUCACGGUCGAACUCAAAUGUCAACGGUUUUGACCCGAAGACUUCGAAUGGUGGGAUGGUCCGUGGUGCGAGCUUGGGCUCUUUCGAUGAGGAUCCGGACGAGGGCGGCUUCGAUCUCUCCAAGGGCUUCCAAAAGAUCGGCUCGUUUCACCGGAGCCAUGCUCAGGCGCUUGGCGUGCUUGGACGGAGUUCGCAGAACCCAGAUUCAAGGACGAGCGUGCCUACGAAUAUGUAAACCACCAGCGCUGCCGCCUACAUCACCACCUGACCGCUAUCGAGAGUCAACCCGCCCUCCCUCUGCAACACGACAUGUAUUCCCUACCCAGCUCUCCAGUCUCGGCCUUUCCUCACCCCGCC